UUUUUUAAGAGUUUUUGUAUAACAUAUGACUUUAUAGGUUAUUAAGUAUUUAAUGAAAAAUUAUAGAGUUAACAUUUUAAUAUGCUUUCGAAUAUUGUAGAUUUAUCAGAACUUCCAUUAGAAAUUUUAGAGAAAAUAGUUUCAGAAUUGACACCGGAAGAGAUAUGUGCAAAAAUUCGACACAUAAGCCAUCGUUUCGAAGAAGUUGCCUAUAAUGUAAUGAAAGCCGCAUUUCGUGCAGUAGAACCUCUUAUUGAGAGUCAAUUGGAGAAUGCUAAAAAAAAACUGCAGGAACUGACUGUAACAACCAAUACUUUUCAAAAUGAAAUGUCUCUGGUAACAAAAUUUACAUUUUUGCAGGUAAUGCAUUCUGAGUACAAGAUACUUAGUACAAUUAUUAUGGAGAGUGAAUCAGUAACUUAUUCUACAAUAAUGUUCAAAAUAGUCAAAAACAUAGAUGAGUUCUAUUACUUAAUGCAAUGCUUAAAGAGUAACCGAUGGGAUUGGUCUUCUGAUAACGUAGCUGAUGUGAUGGAUAAAUUGCGAUCUCUAAAUUCUGACAUUUAUGAUGAAUUUUUUUGGAAGAAUUGGGACAUUCAAAAGAAUCCUUUUGGACCUCUUUUAAUAAAGAUCCUUGGCUGCUCAAUAAGCUCUAAAUUUGAAAUUGCUGUAAGCCAUGCGUCAAAACCCAAAUUCAGAGACGUAAAAUGCCAUUUAUCAGGGCAAUAUGAGAUACCUGACCUAAGUAACACUUUGGUAUCACCCCCAAAUGGUUCUCAAAACUCAUAUCACUGCACAAGAAUGUUAGCAGCAUAUGUUUGUGAUUCUAUCAGAUGGGGAAAUCUUUUCCAUACCUUAAGGCUUAAAUGGUUAUGUAUGGUAAGGGCACUAGCUCUGAGUAGGAGGCAGAGCAGUGGAUGGCUACUAGUUGAUCCUGAAGAUCCUUAUCUUAAUCCAGUUCCAAAAGUUGUACAAGAAAAAGAAAUAAUACUAAGUAACUCAGAAAAGAAAACCUGCAGAAUUAUUGAACGUACUGGAGAGGAUACCACUAACGUUCCUCUUUGGUUAGGAAUGAGGUAUGAUUUUCAGUUAUGGUGUCCAAUAAAAAAUGCUCCCAAAGAAAUGUUCAAGGAUGGAGAGCAUGAGGAAAUGCUAGAACUAUCAGAGGCAAAAAGUCCUGCACCACGACCAUAUUUAUUUAAAUUGGAAUUUCGUGUAUAUGUAACAGCCAUAAGUUCACUAAGUCAAGGAGCCAUUGAAACCACUAUCUGGAUAGAAGAAACACCUGAAAAUAUUGCUUAUACACAGAGCAGGCAACUAGUAAUUUAAUAUUUAUAAUCAUUCAGAAAAUUACAUUUUCUUUUUUUAAAAGUAAUUUACAGCCCAGGUAUAAAACAGAAAAAGGGUGUAAUAUUUAAUAAAAAGUCAACAAAUUAAUUAUCUCUAUUGUUUAUCUUAAACGCAUCCAAAAUAUUUCUCACAAUUAGUGAUAUUAUUGAAUAAUAAAACUCUCUUCUCCCUUCUGGUAUUGUUUAGUAUCACUGAAAAAUAAUAUAAUUUUUUCAUUGCCAUUGU